AAAAUCGCCUAAAAUCACAGGAAAAUGUUUGCCCGAAAGGGCAAAUCGUCAGAUGUGCAGGCGAGCAUUUCAAGAUUCACCGACUUGAACAGGGAUUGUGUGAGCCGUGUGAAACAUUUGAAGAUUCUGCUCGACACAUUAACCACAAAUGAAAAGCGUCAACUGCUCGAUGAGCACAGUUUCGAGACGUUUCAUCUCGUUGACGAGCUUCUGCUCGUCAACGAUGUCAGCAGUCAAAUCGAUAGUGCAAUUGAGGCUGAAUCCGGGCUUUGGACACUGGAGCAGGUGCUCUGUUUGGCUCCGGAGCUUGUUGGAAGUGGCUGGCAACGUCAUGCAAUCGAAUCGCUUCUCAAAAAAGCAGUCUACCCGAAAAAUUUGAUGGCAGUGCGAAAAAUUGCGAUUCGCUUGUUCCUAGUGUUCUAUCAAUGUCUCGGAGUGUACGGAAAAGCGACACCAGACCUGGAUCGUGUCUUUCAGUGUCUUCUACCAUUCUUCCCGCUUACCAGUGGUGAAAAUGCGGAAGAUGUGCUCAACGAGUACUGUCAAUCGUCGGGAGCCGGUGAUUGGUGUGAACGACUGAGGAAUGGGCCGAUUAAGUCGACAGCGUCGGCGUCGCAGACUUCGAAAGAACGGGCUCAAAUGCUCCAAGUUUAUUUGGACAAGUUUUUGGAGUACUGUACUCGAGAAACUGUGCGGAUUGAGUGGAAUGAUGAGGGGAAGCGACAGGAGUGUGCGAAUUUUAUUAUUGAGAAAGUAAUAAAGCUAUACAUGGGCGAAUGCUUCACCGAUCUGGAAACGAACGGAGUCGAUGUAUUCGGUGGCUGGGAAGGAGCCGAUGAGAAUGGUGAACCAUUGGAUACAGCUGAUCCGGUGGUAAUUGCAAGAUAUUGGCUAAUUCGAUGGAUUAAUAAUAUUGCAUCGGCAACAACUCACACAACGGCUGGAGGACAACCAACACUACAAACUACACAUGCAUCGUUGAUUUUGUAUCGAAAUGCGCUUUUUUCGUCGCAUAAAGCAACAAACGUAGCAUUAACACUAAUGCGUGAAGCAAUGAAACUCCCAUUGGCAUGCUCAAAUGUCACUCAUAAAGUGGUAAAUGUGCUCUCCGCAUGGCUUUUGCAGUACGAAAUUCCACCAUUCGUAGCGUCUGGAGAAGUAUCGAUUGAACGAUGCUCGCUGUUGCUCUCGAAUAUCUUGUUGGGCUUCUUUCACAGUCCGUAUUUGGCUCAAUGUGGAGAACGUCACUCCUCGGCAAUCUCCAUAGCAUUUGCGAUUCUAACAUCGUGCAAGCAGCUGGUUUCCCAUCGAAUUCAACUCCCAAAACCGCUUCCCCAAAAAUUCUGGUCAGAAUUAAUGGCGGGACUCUGCACAUGCGCCUCGAAAAUCUGUCGCCAAUCGGACGCGUUUUCCCAGAAUGUGUCGGCUGCUUUUACGUCGACACUCAUCUCGAAUGUCGUCGUGAUUAAGGCUGUCAGACGCAUCGAAAUUGACGAUGAGGUGUGGGAUGAGGUGCAUGACGUCAUGAAGAAGGGUGUUUGGAUACCGAUGGCUGAGCAAUGGGCUUCGAUUGUGAACAGUGUAACGCGAGCAUUAAUCCUCCAUCUCGCCCAUAUCGACAUAUUCUCCCGUGAAGAAGCUCUCCGAAAAGCGACAGAAGUCUCACAGAACAGUCGACGACAGGCAAUCGAAUCGGCAAUGAUGGAAGACCCGAGAAAUGAUUCGUCAGAGACUGGAGAUAGUAUGUCAUCGUCGAACACAAUUGCAGAGGAUAACGUUUUUCAUGACACUGAUGAUAUUACAAAUGCGGUUACGUCUUGGUCUGGCGACAAAUUGGCGUGGCUUCAAACGUGGCGUCGUGUCAUCUCACUCGUGGAUCCGUAUACCAACUCGAGUGCCCACGUGGCAAUCGAUUGCAUGUCAUUGACGAUUGAGAACUUGCUUUUGGUAAACCUGCACCCACUGGCCCACUGGCUCGCGUGCCGCCUCGUUACCGUACCCCCAAUCCUGCUGCCCCGCUGUGUUCCGGCUCUAAGUGCAAUUCUCAACGAAUCAACGAUCCGUCGGCCACCGCCACUGCUCUCGGCCAACAUUCUUCUCUGCUUCAUCCGUCUUAUGCAAUCCAAGGAGCAACUAGUGGUUCCGGCGAUUUGUGGGCUCUCUGCACACGAACUAUCAAUUGUUGCUCCGCGAGCUCUGGAGCAUUUGCCGAAAAUGUUGCAGGCGGCGAAGAGCUCGAAGGACACGAAGGUGUCCUCGAACUCGUUGAAGUUGUUCUCAAUGCUAGCUUCAUCGUAUCCUGGAGCCGAGCAAAUCCUUCUCGAUCAGCUUGUCAAUACAGACGUAUCGGAGAACGCCGUAGUAAUCGUGAACUCGCUAGCCAUCCUCAUCGUGCAAAAAGCCCAAAUCGACUUGGUGCUCACCGCGUUGAAAACCAUCGAAACCCAUCAGUUCGCGAUGCGGCUCAUUCCGCUCUUCUGCUCGUCGAUCGCCUCGCUCGCCCAGUUCUCGAGCACCACACUGCUCCAGGCGCUGCUCCGUGCCGCCUCGCUCCUACGCGAUGAGCGUACGAGAACCGAGAUCGAGUGGCAGAUGGUGAAGCUUUGUAUGCAAUGGCCACAACCUCAAAUGCCACUCGUCAUUCGCGGUAUCUUGGCCGAUAGGCAUAUGGUGCUCCAUGGAGAGCUUGUCACGCUCGGUGGUCAGUAUCCGGUGCGAGGUUUUGAGGUUCAGAGAUGGAGCUCUGCAGGAGCACCGCCACUACAAGGAGAGGAUAAAACCGUGUAUAUUAAUCGGCAAUCGGCGAUUAUCUCGGUGUCCCGAAAGGAUUUCCACGCCAAAUCCCCCUGCGAAAUCACUUCCCGAACGGUAGUUGGCCGGCAUAUCUGGGAUCUAGAUACCCAUGAGGAUGUCCGCAAGCCUGCCACCAACGUGACCAAUUGGCUACGCAAAGAGGCUCUCAAGGGAAAACGUCCCGGUCGGGAAAGCCAGGGGAUCCUCGGAGCGAUGGAUGAUCCGUUCGAUGAUCUACCGGACUACCCCCCGUCACGUGGGAGCCCGUCGCCUGUCGAUGGUGCCGCACAGUUUACAUCGAUGAUUGAGACGUCUAGACGGCAGCCACAGCCACUUGGCACAUCGUCGGCGGCUCACGAUCAUUUGCCAGCGUUCACUCCGAACGCGAAGCUUCUCGAAUGGAGAUCGCUGUCGGCUUCCCUGGGAUUCGUCCCACUUGUGUCUCAGGUUCACGCGAAUUUCCCGCGUGACUUGAAGCAUUUAGAUCAGACUUCUUCUCGUGAAGUCCACAAAGUCGCUGUGAUCUAUGUAGGAGAAUCGCAGGAAGAUCGAGCAUCGAUCCUGUCCAACACCACCGCCUCCGCCUCCGCGCAAUUUGACAGCUUCACGUCGGAGCUCGGAUGGGAGGUCAAAGUGGGUCGAGGACACGAUGGUUACACCGGUGGCCUGCCCGUAGAGACACGGGCUCCGUACUUUGCAGACGCCGAGGCUGAGGUGAUAUUCCAUGUGAGCACGAUGCUCAACGGCGAUGUGCAGCAGAAGUGGAAGCAUAUCGGAAACGAUGAGGUGCAUGUGGUGUGGACUGAGAACACACGGAAAGUGUACACCCGCGAAACGAUUGCCACCAAGUUUUGUGAUGUUCUGAUUGUGUUGGAGCAAGUCGGUGAUAAGAUGGUUCGAGUGCGCGUCGAUACGGCGUCGGCUCUGGAGUUUGGGCCGCUUUUCGACGGAGCCCUAGUCACGAUGAGCGAGCUCUCACAGUUGGUUAGGCUUACUGUGAUAAACGCCUCUAGAGCCUACCGUCUUGCUCGUGUCGAGCAUUCUCGUCCGCUACGUCAUCGGGAGGAAGUGUUCUGUAAUGAAGCGUUGGCUCACAUGAAACCAAUGCCAUUGGCUCAAUCAAUUAAUCAUUUAUAUGUUCCGACAAUUUAAUUAUUUCCCAUUUUUUGCCCCGAAUAUAUUAUAUUUUAUUAAUUUGUUCAUUUUCCCCCUCCAAAAAUUGCUUUAUCCCAAGUCUGCUCCGGAUCAAUUUUGCUAUAAAAAUUAUCGAUUUUUGGAAAUUAUCACCCAAAAAUCGAUAAUUUUGUGAAGAAAUUUCCCCCCGCGCCUUUUUUUGUAAAUUUUCCUUAUAUUUAUUGUGAUUUUCCUCUGAAAAAUGUGAUAUUUUCCCCCUUCUCCACGGCAACCGAAACAAAAAAAAAUUAUGUGAUAUAACCCCCAAUGCGACAUAAUAAUAUUAGAUGGAACCUCUUUUUUUGUGGAAUUUUUCUAAUAAAUUCAUCUGUAAA